AUCGAGCAGAUUUACAAGUAGGAGGAUGGUGUUUGGUCUUACUGUAAAGCUACUGCUAGAAAGUAAGCUCCUGAAGGUGAGGUUUUCUACAAGGUUGCACGAACGUGGGGCCGUAUCAAUAUUGUUACUCGGAAAUGGUUUGAUCAGUCCAUGGCCAGAAAAGGAUGUUUUAAUGAGGAGCUGUACCCUGUUGGUAGCGUUUCUGGAACUUCAAAUAAAUUGACAAGGGGUUGCUUGACUGCUCACAAUAGCCAAGAAAAGGAUAUUGGGAACUUGGAAGCUGUACCGUCCUCAUUUCUUACCGAUUCAAAAUUCACAGCAGUUGCUGGUCCUGGGUUUUCAGACAUGGAUGUUAAAGUUACUCUUUCACAGAGCACGUCUAUGUUUUCAGAUGCUUCUAAUUUUAUAAAUGAGGUUGAUGUUGAAGUGCCAGUCACGAUGGGAAGGAAUGAAGAAAACACUGUUAAUUGUCUUGCAAAUGACUUUUAGUCUGAAGAAAACGACCUAUAUUUGUCAGCAUGUAGAAUAAAAGUUGUUGGGUUUGAAGCUUCUGAGAUGCGGAAGAUUGUAAAUAUGAUUCUCAGAGGUGGAGGCUCCCGAUACAUGGUUUUCAAUGACAAAUUAACACACAUAAUAGUUGGAGAUUCGUCAGAAAUGGAGAAAAAGGAGGUUAGAGAUAUUGCUACUUCAGGAGUUGUUCAUGUGGUUAGAUCCAACUGGCUUGAAGAGUGUGACCGUCAGAAGAAGGAGAUCCCUAUUCUUGGUAGACACAUGGCAUAUGAUGAACUUAUUCCUAAAGCAUCUAGUAAAAUGAGCACCAUUGUUAUGGAUCAAAAUAAAGUUCCAAAUGUUCAUCCAAUCGUGCCAUCAAAUGUGUCAGAAGGAAAUAUUCAUGUUAGCAUUGGAAAGACGUCAAUAGCAGUGGAAAGAAUUGAAGAAAAAAGUGAAACAAAAGUGAAUGGAGACAGGAAAAUGAAAUUAUCCCAGAAAAGCCAACAAUGUGUAGCAAAUGGUACAAACAAGAGUUGAGAAAAGAUGGGGCGUGAUUUCAUGGUUUCAAAUGGGAAGUCAUCAUGUGUAUUUAAGGGGAAAAUAUUUUGUUUUUCUAGUUCCUUUCCAGAAGAUCGGGUAUGUUGUAAAGAUUCUUUCCUCUUAUUUCAAACAGCAUGAUUAAUGUACACUAUGCACUUUAGGUUUUAGAUGUAUUAUUGUGGUAAAUAGCAUCCAUUUUUUAAAAAAAUAACAAAGUAGAAGCCCUGUAUUCAAUAUCAA